AUGACUGAGCUUGGUGCAUCUGUCUUGAAUGUUCAUCUGGUAUCUGUUACUUUUGGAAGUGAGAAUUGUCCUUUUAAGUUUACACGCAGGAACAAGUAUGAAGAAUGCUUAAAUAGAUGUGAGGAUGAUAGGUUUGAGCUGGAUAUGUGGUUAGAGAUUGCAACUUUAACUGUCAAGAGAGUGGAGGAGUUACUAGAGAAAAUCCACUCUCACAAAAUUGAGCCAGAAAUCAAUAUUCGAAUUGAAGACCACUUUACUUCUCAAGACUUGAGAUGUCUAGAACAGUUGUAUGGUGACUAUGGACUGCAUGUUGUUGAUAUUCUACGUGAGAACGUGAGUGCUUCAUUGCCUGUCAUAUUGACUCGUUUAAAGCAGAAGCUAGAGGAAGGGUUAAGAAUGCGAGCAGACCUUCAAAAUGAUUGGGCUGAAGUUUUCGUCAAGAACCAUUCAAGAGCACUUGACCACCGUAGGUUCUAUUUUAAGCAGCAAGAUCCAAAGACCCUGAGUUUCAAAGCUUUGUUGGCUGAAUGUAAACUACUAAAUGAGAAAAUGGAUGAGAACAAUCAUCUCAAGAGUGCUGCUGGGAAUGGACAUAUUAUAUCUAAUAUGGUAUUUGAAUAUACAGACACAGAAAUCCAUGAUGUACUGUACAAAAUUAUUACGUUAUCAAGUGUUGAAAAUUGCACCUCAAAGGAUGAGCUGGACAAGAUCAUGAAGGUAUGGACAACAUUUGUGGAGCCAAUGUUUGGAGUUUUUUCACGGCUCCAGGACACUGAAAUUAACAAAGAAACUAUGAAACAUGAUUAUAAAGGUAGUGUGUCAUCCUCAUGGCAAAGCCAUGGUGCUCCUUGUGCUAGAGGUUUUUCAACACAUCUCAAAUCUGGUUACCUUUUCAACCCAUCUGUUCCUCAACUUGGAAAAGAAAAUCUUAAGAAUUUUGAGGGAUCUCAGAAUCGUAAGUCUAUUGCGCACAGGACAUGUGGUGAACAACUAGAAAUUUUUGAUGAAGUUUAUCAAUACAAUGAACUUGCUGCCAUUUGUAAUUGUGAAGAUGGAAGAGAAGAUGGUGAAUUGUCACCUGAAGUACAUUUUGAAGAGAAUAGCCUUUUAGAUCUUGAAGGUACUGUGAUUGACAAAGUUGAAGUUAAGGAUGGUCCAGAAGGCAAACAAUAUCAAGUAUGUCCUGGAGAAUCGAUGUGUGAUGUUGAGGCAGAGGCGAAGACCAAAGUGGAUGAUGUUGAUGCUGUUAAUGAUGGUGAUGAAAGUUCCUCAAGGCAUUUGAGGAACAGCCCAAAUUUAUCUGAGACAGUUGUAGAUGCAUCUAACAAUCAAUGUGAUGAUGUUGGUUAUGAUGUCCAGGAAUCCUCUCAUGAACAUGAUGGGGAAGAGGAAGGUAUAGAUCAUGACGCCAAGAGUGACGAAAUGUCUGUUUUAGACAUUUUUGAGGGAAUUUGUCAUCCAAAAAUGACAAAACCUCUUACUGAGCGUGCACCUAGAGUAUUACAUCACAAAGACAGACGAUCAAGGAUCUUCUAUGGCAAUACUUCAUUCUAUUUGCUCUUUAGAUUUCACCAGAUAUUGUAUGAGAGGAUACUCUCUGCUAAAACCAAUUCAUCAGCAGCUGAGAUACAAUUGAGAACACUGAAGAAUACAGGCCUUCCUAGUUUUUACGCCAAAUUUAAAGAAUCACUUUACAGAUUUCUUAACCAUUCUAUUGAUAAAUCAAAGUUUGAAGAUGACUGCUAUACUUUUGUUGGGCCUCAAUCAUAUUUGCUUUCUACAUUGAACAUUUUGAUAUCUAAACUCGUGAAACAGCUACAAGCAGUUGCAUCAAAUGAGAUGGACAAUAGGUUUUUUCAGCUCUAUGCAUAUGAAAAUUCAAGAGGACCAGGGAGAUUCAGUGAUUUGGUUUAUCUCCAAAAUGCUUGUGUCAUUCAUGAUGGGGACAUUUUCCGAUUUGAAUGUUCUCUAAACCCUACACGGUUAUCAAUCCAGUUGGUGGAACAUGCCUGUAAAGAAAGUGACUCAACUAAUAUUUCUCCAGGCUCUGAUUUUGCAGAUUACUUGUAUAAUGGUUUCCUUAAAAGUGUUCCAGAUAUAAAGGAAAUGAGCAAUGUUUUUCUACGGAGGAAUAUGCGUAAGUGUAAUUGUGAUGAUGAACAUUCUGCAACUUGCGAGGCCAUGAGUAAGAUUCAGAUGAUCAACGGUCUGCAAUGCAGGAUGCUCAGUUCUUCUCAGGCACUAAUCUCAAGAUUUAACUAA